AUGAACUGCGCCGCACCUGUCCCCGUAAUAACGGCGGAGAUGCAGCAAGACCACAAAGUAGUAGGUGCGAAGAUUCGUGUCGAAACAAACAAACAUGAGACUUUUGAAGGCACUGUAUUUACGCUGGAUCCUGUCGCCAAUUUUCUUGUGCUUGAAGAGAGAGACGGGGCUAAACUCAGGACGCUUAUCUUCCAUUGCAAUGCGUUGCAGAAGGUUGAGGUGCUCGAAGAAGCUCCUUCUGGUCUUAUGCUGAAGCUGCCGGUCAUCAGUGCUGACGAGCUGCAGCGCUUAGAGCAACAAAACAAGGAAAAAGCCGAGAAGGCACUAGCUUCUAUCGGACAGGGUGUUACCGGGGAAGCUCAGGCCAUUUUUGAUGCUCUUAAUAAGACGAUGCCGUGUAAAUGGGAAGGGAACGCUAUUCGAGUUAUGGGUGACGUGACGAUCAAACCGCCGUAUCACCCACAGAACUGCAUGAGUACGAACAAUCUGGUGCUGUCGCGUGUUAAGAAAGUGUUGGAGGGAGAGAAGAGUAAACUGUCAAAGAGAAAGAAGUGA